AUACCCGUCAUGACAAACCCUCAAACCGAAUGUACUCUUUCGAACCAUUGAAUUUAUUCACUCGGUUCACUGUUUUUACCUGACAAAACUAGCACCACCUUUUCCUUCUCCGCCCAACCAGAUUCCUUCAAAAAAACUGCUGUCAUAUCCCAUCAUCGAUCUCCAAACUCUCACAAAACCAUUUUGUUCAUACUUUUAGAUCGAAUCCAACAACAAAUAUUAAACACAUUAAAAAAUUCUAGUAAAUUAGUGGAAGAUUCUUUUCUUUAUCAUUUAUUUAGUUUAUUACCCAGCCAGCCAGCCACUCUGGAUUGAAAAUUUUGAGUCCAAAAUCCAAAUCCAACUACCAAAACCCAACACCAUUCCAUCACUCAGCAACCAUUCAAACAACCUCUAAAACUUCAAACUCUCUUGUUCUCUCUGACCUAAGAUUACAACAAUCAUGGAUGAUUCCAGCAACAAAGGUAAUUCAUCUCUUCAGGACUCUUCACCUUCUUCAUCUUUGUUAUCACAACCUUUCUUACCCAAAACCCCAAUCUCAACAUACCCAUCACUAGAAGACCAUGAUUCACAACAAGAAUCAGACUCAAAUCAACAAUAUCUUCACAUCUCAUACAAUCACGGUCCUCGUUCUUUCAAAGACCUUCCUUUUCUUAUUCUCUUCCUCAUCUUUGUUCUCUCCACUUUCGCUUUCGGAAUCUUCUCUAUCUUCAAUAGAAACCACUACUCAACCCUCUCUUCUUACACCUAUGAUUCCAAUACCACCUCAUGCAGUGUUAUCAAUCCUUCGCUCUCAUCUACCUCUUCCACAGGGUUUCUCUCUCCAUCUUCGCCUUUUGUGAAAGAUUUAACAUGGACUCUUGUUAUCACUUUUGUUAUAAGCCUACCUAUGUGCUGGUCACUUCUUCUCUUACUCAAGCAUUACACCAAACACCUUGUCUACGCUUCGAUUCCUUUCUUUAUUGUCAUCCCGAUUUUCCUCAAUGUUUACUUGUUCGUUGCUUGCACUAUCAAAACUUCUUGCAGUGAUGCUUUUCCUCUGGUGUACAGAAUUCUGGUGAUGGGUUUUGUUUUUUUGGUGAUUGGUGUGAUUGUGUGGAUCCUUGUUGUGAAUUGGCACCGUGUGGAACUUACUGUGAGUAUAAUUGGGGUUGCCUCUGAUGCACUUUCUUGGAACAUGGGUUUGUUUGGGGUGCUUCCUUGUUUGACAAUUGGGCUUUUUGUGUAUUAUGUGCCAAUUGUGGUGUUUUUGGUGUUUGCUAAGUAUAAUGGUAAGGUUGUGCCUAAGAAAUUGCGUAGUGAAUAUGAUUGUGUUUGGAAGGAGGAUUCUUGGGUGCCAGCUUAUUUUGCAUUGGCGAUACUUACUAUGUUGUGGUCAGCAGCAGCUAUGCUUGAAGCUCAGGUUUAUGUCAUUAGUGGAACUAUUGCUCGUUGGUAUUUCUCCAAGGAUUUUGAGACUCCUACAAAGAGCAUUAGAACAUCACUCAGAAAUGCUUUUGGUCCUUCAUCUGGAACAGUAUGUUUGUCGGGAUUGCUUAUCUUUGUUGUUCGAGCGGUGCGUUCCGUGGUUGAUAAUGCAAGACAAGAGGGUACUCCUGGGCUAGUGAACAUUGUGUUACGGUGCUGUGUAAAUGCCUUACUGACAGCUGUUGAUUUUCUUAAUAAGUUUACCAUCAACUUUGCUGCAAUAACCGGUGAAGCUUACUGCUCAUCAGCAAGGAUGACAUAUGAACUUCUUAGACGUAACCUUCUCUCUGCUGUUUUUGUGGAGACCAUAUCAUCCCGCCUCCUGGUUGGAAUUGUUUUUGUCCUAUCAGCAAUAUACACAAUUGUGGCCUGUGUUAUCUUAAAAGCAGCAACCAAUCUCGGGUCUGAUGCAUAUUUUGUGGCAGCGGCAGCAUGGCUUCUACUGAUAGUAGUCCUGGGUUUCCUCGUACAUGUGCUCGACAUUGUAAUUGAUACAAUAUAUGUCUGCUACGCGAUAGACAGGGACAGAGGAGAGGUUUGUAAACAAGACGUUCACGAGGUUUACGUUCACUUACCCAUAAGUAGAAGUAUGAGACAAUCUAAUAUUACAAGAACUCUAGGUGUAUAAGUAAUUCUUAGGAUUCAAAUUUUGAAUCCUUGGAUUACUAUUUUGUGGACAGUGUGGAGUUAGAAUUAUCUGUAAGCUUGUUGUGCAUACUUUUGAAUGUUUCUUCUAUAAUUUUUUCUUAACAAUUUUCACAUAGGGUAAAUUUUUAGUUA